AGUACUAGUUAGAACGUUGUCUGAGAAUAAUCGGUAUCGUUGUGAGUUUCGUGCGUUCGUAUUCACUCACAGUGUGUAUAUUGUCCAUUGCAUUGUGUUGUUCAAAUUCACUAACUUCUUCAAGAAUGCACUUUAAAUUUUCAAAUGUUAUUUUAGCCCACUUUUGAACUCCAAAUUCGAUUGAUUCGUACUCUUUUUAUUUCGAAAGUUUCGGAUGUAAUCAAAACUAGAGAGUAUGCCAAUGAAUAAGUGAAAACGACAAAAAUUAACAACAACAAAAAAGAAAUUGAAAGAAAUGAAACAUCAGUUGAAAAUCAAUUUGUGAGAUAAAAAAAAAACCAGAUCCACAUACAUUGGCAAUAGUGACGAGUUUAAAAGCAAUAUUUUUUUGGAACCCAGCUGAGUGUCCAAAAAGUUUGAACCAGCCGAUGAAAAUCGUUAAACGAACAAAAACAACAAAGAUAUACGGUGAAAACGCUUUGAAUGCAGAUGAAACGAAAAAAUUGAAAAAAAUCGUAUCCAACGCUUCGUUUGACCAGACAAAUAACGUUUUACUAGGACUUAAUGAACGCGCAAUAUUCAACAAUCGAUUGAGGGAAAAAAAAAGUUGAGCGACACAUAAAAAUGGGCACAAUCACCUAAUUCACUUGGAUUCAGCAACAAUUGGAAAUGAACUUAUGCCGUUGGCCCUUGACUAAUCAGCAAAUUUUGCGAAAAUCGUACGAAUUCCAUCGAAAACUAUAGCAAACAAUUAGUUCAAAUAGAGGAGAUAAAUUCAAUUGUUUUGAAUUGUGUGCGGUCAGUGUUAGUUUUAAAAGUCUACGAUGCCCAUAUUUAUUUGGUUACGAAUGCAAUAUUAAUUAUUAUUGUGUUACAAUAUACGUGGAAUAAAGAAAGUUAAACGCAAUAAAUAAUAUAGUGGAAAGGAUCGUUUUCCAUUGACCGUGGUGAAUUGUUUAGAAGCGCGUCCAUUGUUAUUUUGGCCAAACCAAAAACUCAUUUACGAAAUCAGCGUAAUAAAAUGCAUUCAACGUGGUUUAUGGCAAGGACUGCGUUUCGGUGUUGAUGGUCCAUAUUCUCUGUUCCAACCGUUUCCAAGUAGUAAAAUAUCCGAAAUAAUUGCUUUUAAAGUCGUUCGUUUGUGUGUGUGUGUGCGAGAGAGAGUGGUGUGGUGUGCAUGAAAGGUUGCUCUCUAAUUAAGUGUCGUCGGCGUUUAUGUUCCUCUCAUUUUCAUUUUCAUUCGCAUUCUCAUUGUUCUACCCAAUUUUGUGUUCGAAUUCGCAUAUUGGCCCUGCCAUAAUAUAGUAUAUAGUCUCGAUAUAUAGAGCCACCUGAAUAUUGUGUGCUAUCCGGUGAUUAGGCAUGUUCGCAAACAGUAAUCAUAAUAAAAUCGAGGAAAACGGUCAUUAAACGUAAAAUAAAUUAAAAUAUUGUGUUUCCAUGAAUGUGAAUUGGUGGUCGUGUGAAUCAUUCAGCCAUUGAAAUAUAUAAAUGUUCAUAUAUUGGCAAAAGGAACUCUACCACAUCGACUGAACUUUUAUUUAAUGCUGAUUACUGUUAUUACAUUCGCUACGACAUUUGGAAGUUCUCUUGGUGUGUAUUGAAAAGUAAAGUGGCGAAUAUACGGCCAUUAUUGAAAAGGACGUAGGCGAAUUUCAAGCCCGUAAAAUAUAUCCAUUUGCACGCGAAAAACCCACUAUUUACCGGCGUUGGAAACAGUCACACACCAGUCGCACAGUACACAUACACGAAAACCAUGGAACAGAGUCCGAGAGAGAAAAAAAACGCUACCCAAUUUCUGGUUUCAUAUUGGAAUUAAUGCGGAUUUUCUAUUAUGCUGAAUAAAAUAGUAAACAGAACGAUGUUUACGCUGCAGAAGUUGAUCCAACUACCAUUAGACAUCGCGCUCAAGUAUUAUCAUCAUUCACCACAAAUCUGGAGAUUAUCGAUCGACCGACAAAUGUAAAAGCGCAUUAAUUUUGGGCACAGAGAUACCUACAAAGUGGAGCGUUUGCGAUUCUAUCUAUUGAUUCAAAAACACGAGAAAAAACGAGAGUGUAAACGGAGGCGAUAGGAAGAGCCGAGAUCAACUAAUUGAUUGCAAGUAUUUGUAUACGACAACAAAAUUGAGUGCGAGGCGCACGUGAGGUGGAAAAUAAAUUUUGUCGAUUGCGUUCAAUUUUCAUCCCAAUCAAUUAACAGUUGAAAAUCAGCCAUUUGGAUAAAACCAAUACAGCAAAUCGAAGCGUAUUCACGCCGUUCGCAUCCCGAAUUAAUUUUUCCAGCAAAAACCGCAAGUCAUCGAUUAUUUAAAAAGUGUUUGUGAGUGUAUGUGUGCGUGUGCGUGCUCCUGUUUCGCGCUCCUAUGUGUUUGUUCGAAUGUGAAAACGCGUGCCAAUAAACGUGCACCAGAGAGCAUCCAGUUAGUGAACGAACGGUUUCUUCAUUCGAUUUCCAGUGUGUUGAAUUGAAACGAGAUUGAACAUAAUUCACGAAAAUGCCCGGCGGACGCAGAGGUUUAGUUGCACCACAAAACACAUUUCUCGAAAAUAUCAUUCGACGAUCCAAUUCACAACCGGAUAGCGCGUUCCUGUUGGCAAAUGCACAAAUCGUCGACUACCCGAUCGUAUAUUCCAAUGAAGCGUUUUGCAAGAUGACCGGUUAUGGUCGCGCGGAUAUAAUGCAAAAACCAUGCAGAUGUCAAUUCAUGUAUGGCGAAUCAACCGACAAAGAAACAAUUUCCCGCUUAGAUUACACACUGGAGAAUCAGCUGCAGGAUCAAUUUGAAGUCCGACUUUAUAAAAGCAACAAAACUCCAUUAUGGCUCCUGCUUCAGGUGGCGCCGAUACGUAAUGAACGGGACCUGGUUGUGCUGCUACUGCUAACGUUUCGUGAUAUAACCGCCUUCAAGCAGUUGAUUGACGCGGAUGACACAAAAAGUGGUUUAUCAAAAUUCGCAAAAUUGGCACGGUCGGUAACACGUAGUCGUCAAUUCAAUGCAGGCAUUCAAAACAUAAAGGACCCAUCAAAACAAUCGAAUUUGGCACAAAUGAUGUCAUUAACCGCUGAUAUUUUGCCACAAUAUCGACAAGAAGCACCAAAGACACCGCCACAUAUUUUAUUGCACUAUUGUGCAUUCAAAGCAAUUUGGGAUUGGGUGAUAUUAUGCUUAACUUUUUAUACCGCCAUCAUGGUACCAUAUAAUGUAGCCUUUAAAAAUAAAACCUCAGAGGAUGUUUCUCUUUUAGUAGUGGAUUCUAUAGUAGAUGUAAUUUUCUUCAUAGACAUUGUUUUAAAUUUUCACACAACGUUCGUUGGUGCUGGUGGCGAGGUUGUUAGUGAUCCAAAAGUAAUUCGAAUGAACUAUCUCAAGUCUUGGUUUAUCAUUGAUUUGCUCAGCUGUUUGCCUUAUGAUGUUUUCAAUGCUUUUGACCACGAUGAAGACGGAAUUGGCUCUUUGUUCAGUGCACUUAAAGUAGUUCGAUUGCUUCGUUUAGGUCGUGUUGUACGAAAAUUGGAUAGAUAUUUGGAAUAUGGAGCAGCUAUGUUGAUAUUACUACUUUGCUUCUAUAUGUUGGUCGCUCAUUGGCUGGCAUGCAUUUGGUAUUCAAUUGGUCGCAGCGAUGCUGAGAAUGGCGUUCAGUACAGCUGGCUAUGGAAAUUGGCGAAUGUGACACAGUCCCCUUAUUCGUACGUUUGGAUGAAUGACACAAACACGCCUGAGAUCAUCAACGGUCCGAGCAAAAAAACUAUGUACGUGACAGCGUUGUACUUCACAAUGACAUGUAUGACUGUGGGCUUCGGAAAUGUUGCGGCAGAAACCGAUAACGAACGAGUUUUCACCAUUUGUAUGAUGAUCAUAGCAGCUUUACUUUACGCUACCAUUUUCGGUCAUGUCACUACGAUUAUCCAGCAAAUGACUUCAGCAACUGCAAAAUACCACGAUAUGCUCAAUAAUGUGCGCGAAUUUAUGAAAUUGCAUGAGGUACCAAAAGCAUUGAGCGAACGUGUUAUGGAUUAUGUUGUUUCGACGUGGGCAAUGACAAAAGGGUUGGACACGGAAAAGGUGUUGACAUACUGUCCGAAAGAUAUGAAAGCGGACAUUUGCGUUCAUCUAAAUCGGAAAGUAUUCAACGAACAUCCUGCAUUUCGGUUGGCUUCGGACGGGUGUCUACGUCAAUUGGCUGUACAUUUCAUGAUGUCACACUCUGCACCGGGUGACCUUUUAUUUCACACCGGUGAAAGUCUUGACAGUCUAUGUUUCAUUGUUACCGGAAGUUUGGAAGUGAUUCAAGACGAUGAAGUUGUCGCUAUUUUGGGAAAAGGCGAUGUGUUUGGUGAUCAAUUUUGGAACAACCUGACAAUUGGUCAAAGUGCCGCCAAUGUGCGUGCAUUAACAUAUUGCGAUUUGCAUACAAUCAAACGUGAAAAUUUACUCAAAGUGUUGGAAUUUUACAAGUCAUUUGCACCGAGUUUUGAUAGAAACCUAACUCUGACCUACAAUUUACGGCAUCGCAUUGUGUUUCGCAAAGUGGCCGAUGUGAAGCGAGAAAAGGAAUUGGCCGAACGAACAAAAGACGAACCACAAGUGACAGCCAACCAAGAUCAUAUCGCUCGAAAGAUUUUAAACAAACUCCGACGACAACCGACCACGCAAGGUUCCCGAGAUAGUGCGUCCCAAAGUGACGCCGAAAAGGGGGAAACACAAACUGAACGAACGAAACUUCCCGCCAAAUUAACACUCACAGAAGAUUCACGUAUCAUUCAAAGUUCAGCUCAAUCACCAUGUCCAUCUCCAUCUCCGGCGGCAUCUGGACCACCAUCGGCGCGUGGUACAGGCGCCAGCAAAUGGGGCCGCAUUUUAGGUAGUUCUAGUGUUGAUUCGGCUAGUGAUACAUAUACGAAAGUAGCUGUGUCGAGAAGUUUCAGUGCAAGAGAAAGUCUACGCGACACUAGUAGUUCGAGUAGUAAUGGUGGCCAAGGGAACAAAGUAUUUCCAAAGUCACAAAAACUGAUGCCGACGCCGGCCUCAUUGGCAAGACAAGAUACUAUCGACGAAACAACCGAAGAUUCGAAGUCGUUGCGAAGGCAAGCGUUUGAGCGGCAAGUGAGCGAGCGAGAUAAUGGUAUACAGCAUGAUCAACUCGAAAAAGCUUCUUCCAUUGAACGCGAAUUGAUUGCAGCAAGAACGAUGUCAGUCGCAGAAACAUAUGAUAAUGGUUUGCGUGAACAGGCCAGCACAUUGGCUCAACGAGAUUUAAUCGCUACCGUUCUUGAUUUGAAAGUCGAUUCAAGGCUGGAAAUGCAGCGAAUGUCACAGCGUAUUGGCCGAUUAGAAGAUCUUCUCACCGAAUUAGUUAAGCGUUUAUCGAACGAUUCGUCCGACUUGAGCACUCCGGCUGAUGAGAACAUUCCAACGAUAACCACGACAUUUGUUGGUUCGCCAACGAUGGCCUUAACACCACAAUCAACUAAUAUCAUCGUCACUACUACUGCCAGCACAUCAGCAACUGGUCUGAUAUCCGGCAUUCCAACGAUACAGCAAUCAUCGUCAGCGGGGCUGGGGCCACUUUUGUUGCGAAAACGACGCUCAAAAAGUCGUCGAGCGCCUGCUCCACCAACACGUCCGGCUGCCACCGGUACGACCGCUGAACAAGCUCGGUUGCUUGAUGAAGCUGAAGCAACUGCAAGUACAUCAACACCAACAACAUCGGCCGCAGCACGGAGACGUGAUUUUCUAUAGCCAAAAAUUUUGAUACGUCAUCAAUCGGAUCAAGAUCCAAGCGAUCAGUAAUGCAUUUUGCAUGUCAAACGAUUUAAAUCGAAUUUGAUAUGCGUUUUGUGGAUGAAUGCACCGUUUGGUUGACGUACAUCAAAUACGACAUAUACACAAAUAAGACAGACAAACACAUACAUUUUGGAGAAGAAAUUCAAGACGGUCCUACAUUUUACUAUUGUACACAGAAAAUUGAAGAGCGAGUGAUUUGUAUUUAAAUUCAUGUGAAAAACAUUAUUUUAACCCGCAGCAAACAUAGAAAUCGGCACCUAAACACACAAACCACAACACCUAACCGUAAUCAAUUCAUGUGUAUUUUAAUCUGAUGCUGAGUGUAGAUAACUUUGAAUGUCUCAUUGUUAACGAUUUUCACUGCAUUUAUUUAUUAUUCACAUCACAUCACACAUAGUAAGCUGCAUUAAUAAUUGACUAAGAGACAAAUAUUGAUCAAAUUCGUACUAUUAUUCGUUAGGAUAACCGCUAAAAUGAAGUAAGUAAUGGCACAUGAAUCCAAAUGCUGCAUGCAUCGCAAAACCAAUUACAUGCAAAAACUAAUCUAUCGAUAAGCAUAGUUAUACAUACAGAAAAUUACUCGCGCUGACUACUCUCUACUUUGACUAUCAUCAUCACAUCAUCACAAUAUUACAUUUCGAAUCAAUUCAAGCGAGCUUUUCCAAAUACACAUACAUACACACACCAGACACAUUCUAACCGCAUGAAUAAGAUUAAAGAUGAGAUAGGGAAUUGAAUAAAAUUAAUUUCGUUUACGAUCGAGCACAUAACAAAUUGUAUUCGUAAGGAUACUAGAAGAGACUUUCACAUUUCAAUGAAUUCUAAGUCCAGCUGUACUAGCAUCAAUUGAAUCAACUGAGGUAAGAACAUUUUACCUUGAGAUAAUUCAAACAAGCAAUAAAUAAAUUCUAUUUGAAACAUUUGGCCUUUCUAGCCUAUUCAAUUUUCAAUGAUAAAAUUUGCAUCUCCGGUUCAUCAAAUCUAAUCAAAUCAAUCCAAUAUAUAGUUGCUAUUAGAACAUUGGAACUCAAAUUUUGUAAUUGAUUGAAUUUGCAUUUCGAAAUUCUAGAGACAAAAAACUUAAACCAAACUGAAACAUAAAUGACAAAUUUCUUCUCGAAGAACUCUCAAUCAAAAAUUAAACGACCAAAACUGAAAAUAGGGGAUCAUGUGAAAUGAUUCAAAUUUAGGAGUGAAAAAUACAUCAUAUAAUCAUAUAGAUAUUUUUGAGGCUGUGCACUAUUUGUAACAAGAUGAUGCGCCCAUUUGUAUGUCCAAUGAAUCCCACGGUAAUGAGAUUAGCCUAUUGAAAAGAACAAAAUCAUUUUCUUCACAUUCAUUCCAUUCCCAUCACUGUAAGUCAACGCGUGGUGAUGAUGGUGCGAAGGGCACAUUAUUUUGUCACAAGAACUGUGCAUCGAAUUGAAAGAAGAAACUAAAACAGGUUGUAUAAAUAGGUCAUAGUAAACGAGCCAAUGAAACUUCUAAACAACUGAACAAUCGGACGUCACACAUCACUUUGUAAAUAAAAUGGAUGAGUUCAUUUAACAUACCAAAUAAGCUGUUACUAACAAUAAUUCAAAACUAGAAGUGGAAUUCACAUCAAAAGUAAAAAAAAAGGAAUAGCUUUAGUCAGUAAAACUCAGUCAAUGACAGAUAGUUGAUGAUAUAUGCUGAGCAUAGAAACUCAGCAAGAUUGGGAUAUUUUGACUUUGUGACGUGCUAUUCAAACAAAUUUAUGAUGGAGGGGAGUUUGGAGCACAUUUUCCAUUACAAUCCAUCAACACUCUACCAAAAUUCCACAUAAAUUUGCACGAAUAGCAAGUCACAAAAUCCGAUCGUUCCAAUCUCAGCUUGCUGAGUUCCUAUGCUCAGCAUAUAUCCUCAGCUAUCUGUCAUUGACUGGUAAAACUAUCUUUUAUUUCACCGAUUCUGAUCUUUUUAUCUUCAUUUCAUAUAUGUAUGUAUACAUUCAAACACACACACACACAUUAGAGUGCAAAUUCGUUGUAUUUAUACUAUCAAAAGAAACAUGAAAACAAUGCGUGAUAUUAGAAAAUUUGGUUUAUAAGUUUGCAAUCAAAAAUUUAUUCAACGAAGAUGUUUAUAGAGAAAAAUCUUUAGUUUAAAUGAAUCAUUAGCAUGUGAUGAUACAUCAGUGCUGCUUCUUUUAUUAUAUGCAUCGCGAUGGUUUAGUUCGAACGUUCGUUAACGCUGAAUUGUCAUUUCAGACAAACUACAUAAAAAGUAUACCCAUCAUGAUAAUACUUUUUAUCAUACACUCACACUUUUCGCGGGUUUUUCCGUAAUGAAAUGCUGUUAUCGCACACAUCGACAACGAAAUUUUCGAAAGUAUCGAUGUUAAUUUCGCGAUGCAACCACGCGUGUCUAUAAUUAUAAUCGGUAUCGUUCAGAAUGAAAUAUAUGGUAGUUUAGGAUCGGUAUUCACUGAAAACUAUCGACGAAUCGAUAGAAAACUCUUCCUCUGAAACUCACAUCGCAUAUUCUAAACAAAUUUUCAAACAUACUUUAGUUUAAUUUCUUCGAAAGCAAUAACAUUUUAAUGAGAACCAUUUUAUCGGCGUUCAUUUUAUUUUUCUAUUAGAAUUAUCAUGUAGAAUUAUCAUAUAGAAUUCGAAUGUUGUCAGAAUGGAUUGAUGUAGAAAGGAAAAUUGUCCAUUAAGUAUGAAUCGCCUUACAAACAAAAACUAACCAAACCCCAAAUGCACCCUACAACAUUUUCACUAGCUUCAAUAAUCACCCAACAAAUACCACAAAAGUCUGCAUCGCUUUCCAAACAACAAAAAAAAAACAAAACAAGAAUUUCACAAUCGAGCCACGUACAUCGCAUUCUAAUUGCAAGGGAGAAAAACCAUAAGCUUGUUUCGUACUCAUAUCCAAAAAAAAUGGCUUUAUAUUUAGUCGAAAAUAUUUUCGACUGUUUAAAAUACAAAAAAAAAUAGAAAAAAAACUUGUUAAAAUGGCCGUCAAAAAAAGAGUAUUUACAUUUUGUCAUCCCUUUGUGGAUUUGUUGAGAAAAAAAGAUUUAAAACUUUUAUGUACAUAAUAAUUCAUGGAUGGCAAUGAGGCCACGUUCGGCUUCAAUCAUUAACUAGUAAAAGUAUUCAUGUUACUUAUUCAACAUGUUUAAAAUGCAAUGUGAAUUUUGAAAUUGAAAAAUUUUUGUAAAUAGUAAUCGACACGUUUAAGACAAAUUAUUCCGUAGAAUGACACACCUGAUUGGUUUUUCUUGCAUUAUAUUAUAUAUAAAUCUUUAAUUUCAAUCGAUGAAUUUUCCAAAAUCACUUGUUUCAGUGGAACUCAUAAUAAUCCGCUUGUUUGUUAUGUUAAGAUUUUUCCAUUAUUAUCAAAAUCAUUUUAUCCACAUACAUUCGUAUAUCGUAACAUUUCCAAUGAACACACACAAUUAGAAAGCCUUCUAUUUAAUAAACCAAAAUUAAUCGACUCUAUUUUUUCUAAUUGAUUUUCACCGUUGGAUAUUCUAAUUUGCGCAAAAUUAUAACGCUUAGAUAAAUACUUGAAUUUGAUUUUUUUUAAAAUCCAUUGUUUAUUAGAUUCCAUGCUAAAUGAAAUUUAAGAAAAGAAAAACAAAGACGAAACAUGAAAUAGAAAUAAAACGCAAUUAAUGAAA